AUGCCCGUGCUCGCUGGAAUAAACUCGAAAGUGCUCAAAAAUGGUGACUCGGAGCCAUCUCCACCACCAGCUGGAAUCUACCGUAUUUACAACAUGCGAUUCUGCCCAUGGGCUCAACGUGCACUGAUCUACGCUUCUGUAAAGAACGUUCCAAGUGAAGUGAUCAAUAUUCAUUUGAAAGAGAAACCAGACUGGUACUUCUCGAAGCAUUACAAGGGACAAGUGCCAGCUUUGGAGCUUGACGAAGGAAAGAAACAUGUGAUCGAAUCGGCUCACAUUCCAGAGUAUUUGGAUGAUUUGUUCCCAGAAUCUCGUAUUCUUCCAUCUGAUCCAUAUGAAAAGGUUCAACAAAAAUUGUUGUUGGAAAGGCUCGCUGCAGUUGCUCCAGCAUUCUACGCUGCUGCACAGGCUGCCAAUAAUCCGGAGGGUCGUGAUGAGAAAUACGCUGCUCUUGUGAAGGCGUUUGAAGAUGCUGAGAAGUUGUUGACUGGAGAUUUCUUCUCUGGAAAGGCCAAACCAGGAUUCGCCGACUACCUGAUUUUCCCGAACUAUCAACGUGUCUUCUGGCUUUCCCACAUUCUUCCAAACUCUCCAUUUUCUUCUGAAUCUUUCCCAGGACCAAACUUCCCAAAAUUGGCAAAAUGGUACAGAACAUUGGACUCGAUUCCAGAAGUGGCUGCUGCAAGUCAACCAACUGAAAUGGGCGUCGGAUUCUUCAAUGAUUAUUUGAAAGGAACUCCUAAUUAUGACUAUGGAUUGUAA